ACAGCGUACCUGCACAACUGCACUUAACGUUAAGGUGACACAGGUGAGGUCAAAUGAAGGUCGGCAGGUGAACAAACAAGCAAGAUGGCGACAUCGACUCAGACGACAGCUCAAAUGUGGUGCGAACCUGGGUACUGUAAAAACAGAGGAACAUGUACGGUCGUGAACGCAGCCUUUAAAUGCACAUGCCCUGACGGCUAUAUAGGAGACCAGUGUCAAGAUCAAGAUCACCACACCAUCAUCGUAGUCGUGUGUGUGGUGGUGGUUGUCCUACUUCUUAUCGGGGCUGUGGUUUUCUCUAUAUGGUGGUGCAAGAAACAGGCCAAGAAGCCGCCUCCUCCAGACCACGACAGAGAUCAUGUAGGCCCACCGGAAACGAUGGAGAUGGAAGCUAAAGGCUAUAUAUAGUAGCUUACUAUGAAGUGGAUUUUUAUCUCGGCUUCAAAGAGACAACAAAAAUUGCAUUUGCGAGCAGUGAUCAGCUUCGUGUUGGAUGCCUCAGUGAUUGUUCCCAUUUCUCAUUCGUAUCUCAACUAACACACCUCUGUUUGACAUCAUGUUCGCUGUUCCCAGGUGUUAAAAUGUUACCCUUUAAAAAAGAGAAAGGGAAAAAAAGCUGGAUACCGUCGUCUUUGGUAUACAAGGUCAUUUUUCUAAGAGCUGCAAGAUUUUGAAAGGGAUUGUGCAUAACGUGAAUAGACAUGAAUACUAGCAGUGGUUUAAUCAGUCAGCACUAUAGACAACAUACAUGAUGGAGACCAGUAGUUUUCAAUAAUGCAAAUGUUGGUAUCAACCUAGAUUCAGCGUUUAACACUGCCUACAGUUUUACUACGUUUUACUGCGUUCACCAUUUACGGUGAACAAUCAUCGACUCCAACAAUUUGGUUCACAAUUUUAGUGAUAAGGAUAAUACGGAGGAGGCUUUGAGACUCCAGGCAUUGCAAACAAAUAAAAUUAACAGAAGUCCCUGGUCCGCUCGAGAUUGAGUUAGAUAAUGUUGCAAGCCUGAAAUGCAUUUGCAAAGUAUUCCAAUAUGAAUGUCUCUCCAUUUUUGUCAUUUUUCCACACCAUAGCUGUGAUUUCUGUUGAAAUAAUAGUUAAUUGUUAAACUGGUAGUUAAGAUAUUCUUAAGUCAGAGAAAUAGGUAGUAUAGGUGAGGUCGUGGUAAAGGAUAGGCCCUAAAUCCGCCAUUUCAUAGGCCAGGAAGAUAGCGUUACUAUAGGAAAAUUAAGAAAUUCGACACACUGAUGAAAUACAGGAUAGACUGCAACACAAUGUUAUCUGUGGCAACUGUAACAUCAUACAGUCCUUUAUAAACUCACAUUUCAUUCAGCGUUCAUUGUUUCACAUACAAAUUUAACUGAUGGCUCUGUUUAUUUAACCACUACCUUCAUCUGCCAUCUUAACUUGAUGCUCAUUCCCAUAUUUCAUAAGUGGCAUAAUUCAAGGCAAAGACGAAGCUACAGAAUAUGUAGUGUACCCGGCUUAGGCAUGUCUUUAAAUGUUCUAUAUAUUAAAUAUAAGUAUUACUUAAUUGUUAUCACAUAUACGUUUGGGUUUAUUGUAUACAAACAUUGUUUUUCCUCAAUUUUUAAAUUUAUGACUACUAUACAUCAUGGGUUUUAAGUGCACUGGCGAUGGUAUUAUUUAAACAAUUGGUUGUUUUCAUCAUUUGUUGGUCUCAUUUUUUCAAGUCAUUGGUUGUUCUCAGUUAUGUGAGGUAGGACAAGAAAUCGUCUUUUAAAAAGUGUACAUUUUUGUUAAUAUACCUCUUUUUUUAGGUAAAUUUGAUCAUGAUAAAAAUUACUCCUUUACAAUGGAGGGGGGGGGGGGGGCUCAGAUAAGGAUAGGGCCAGUGGGGGAAUAGUUGUUAAUCACCCUCUUUUUAGGAGAAAAUAUCGUUUUAUUUUAUGUAAUGUUGGUGCUAGAUGUACAAAAAUGCUUGAGUUUUGGCUCUGGAUGUUAUAAGAUAUAUUUUGGCAAUGAGAGGUGCAGGUUCUGCUCACAAGUUUUUUUAAAGCCAAUUCAACUUUUUUGACUGUAAUUACGUUAUGUAGAUGCAGUAUGCCAUAACAUCGCAUGAUUUAAGUCACUCUCAGCAAUAACACGUAAGUUUUAAUGGUGUCAUGUAUAUUCUGCAAUCGCCAGUCAAGGGACCAAAUACCAUUAUAUAGGCUACUAAUAGAGAACGAUCUCACCAAAUAUCGUUAUUUUACUUAUGCGUAUUUUAUUACAUUUUAAUUGUGAUAUAAUACAACUGACCAGAUCUCUUUUUGCAUGGAUAAUAUAUUUUAUUUGUGCAUGAAUUAAGAGGAGUCUCUGGGGCUAGUUACCUGUCAAAAAUUUUGGUUUUUUAAAGAUACAACAGAAUUAUAUAGUUGUUAGUCGAAAAUGUCAUUUUAUUGACAUUUGUACUUUGAUUAAUACACAUAUACGAAUCUAAAAUACAGACAGAUAAAUAUAAAUCUGUGAAUGAUAAUUAUGUAUGGUAAACCAAUUACAGUUUAAGAUAAAAUUAAAGCUUUAGCAAAGAUGGAGGGGGAAAAGGCCCAUGAUGAACGCUCUGAACAAAAUAACAAAGGCGUUUCCAUUUUCAUUUCUCUAUACCAUUUUAUUUAUAUAAAUAAAUCUAUAUCCUAAUAAA